ACUGUAAUAAAUCUUAGAGGCAAAAGAAAUCGUCACACUCACUCUCUUCACAUCCCUUUCAUUUUCUCUUCAAAGAACUGAAAUGAAACCUUAGGGUUCCUCUGUUCUUCAUCUCCCAAAAAACCAAAAUCUUAGGGUUUACAAAAAUUGAACCAUUCCACCAUUUCUUAAGCUUCAAAGCUUAGCAUUUUCACAACCCUUUUUCAAGAAAAGUGCUUAGAGAGACUAAAAUGGCGAAAACAAGGCCAGGAAAGAAAGACAUAGAUUCAUACACAAUCAGAGGAACAAACAAGAUUGUUAAAGCUGGAGAUUGUGUUUUGAUGCGUCCUUCUGACACGAGUAAGCCACCAUACGUGGCACGUGUGGAGAAGAUCGAGCAAGAUAAUAGGAACAAUGUGAGGGUUCGUUGUAGAUGGUAUUAUAGACCUGAAGAAUCUAUUGGUGGAAGAAGACAGUUUCAUGGAGCUAAGGAACUGUUUUUAUCUGACCAUUAUGAUGUUCAAAGUGCUCACACUAUUGAAGGAAAGUGUAUUGUGCAUUCUUUCAAGAACUAUACUAAGCUUGAGAAUGUAGGUACUGAAGAUUACUAUUGUAGGUUUGAGUAUAAGGCUGCUACUGGCGCAUUCACUCCUGACCGCGUUGCUGUAUACUGCAAAUGUGAGAUGCCUUAUAACCCGGAUGACCUAAUGGUGCAGUGUGAGGGAUGCAAGGAUUGGUACCAUCCUGCUUGCGUGGGCAUGACUAUUGAAGAAGCGAAGAAAUUGGACCAUUUUGUUUGUUCUGAAUGCUCAUCUGAUGAUGAUUUGAAGAAACCUCCGGCUGUGUUUCCAGUAUCACCGGGAUCUGAGGGCAAGGUUGAGCCAAAGCGACGAAAGAGAGGACCGUGACGUAGAAAUGCAACUUUUGGUGGUGGCCAGCUAUUAUGGUAGCUGUUGUGUGUCGUACAGCUUCCACCGAAUCGGACACAAUGUUUUUAUUUAUGUUUAUUCGACUUUAAAUCUCAGGCAUAUUAUGUAUGUAUUUUGUUCUAGAUUUAUGAUAAACCAUUUGAAUAUGUUUCCUUUUUCUAUCCAGAAAGAUUAGUCUAAGUAUUAAUGCCUGAGAUAACAUCAAACCUUUAAGAUUUGAAGCAAAAACUAUUACUAAUUGCUAUUAGUUUUCUAAAUUAAAUUUGGAUGGAUUGGUUUUUUUGUUAUGCUCAUUAGACCAGCCACUUAUUUGUUUGUAUUUUGGUUAUCAAUUGGGGGAGAAAAGCUCUGGUUGGAAAUAAUUUUGGUUUUUUUU